AUGCGACAGUGUAGUCGAUCAGCACUGACCACAAUACUUUUUAACAUUGCCCGUCACUCAACAUCCUUUACAAAAACACAUAAUAUGCAAACAGUCUCGACACGAUAUGUACCCACAGAUGAAGAAGAAACGGAGAUAGAACUCCCAUUAGUUGAAUUAACUGAGUUAGAGAUGAAAGCACUUCCCAAAACCUUUACACGAUCUCUGGCAAGAGAGUCAUGUCUCUCUACUAAGGAACGACAACAACUCACACAAAUGAUUUUUGAUACACACUACGCCGCAAAUGGAAAGGGAAAGGAGGAUCGAGCUAUGUGGUAUCAAAGUUCAUUAGAGUUGCAGUGGUUAGAAGAGUGGGCAUUUGAACAGGGUUGGAAAGAAAAGGAUGAGAUUCGUCGCAAUGUUAAGAAGGCUGUAUUACAACGUGUUGAUCUACAUAAACCUCUCGCUUACAUUAUCGGACAUCAACCAUUUUAUGGUUGUCAUAUUCGUUGCUCUCCACCAUUACUUUGUCCAAGACCGGAAACGGAAAUGUGGACACAUUGGUUUGUACGAAAUCAUCUUGAUGUUGCAACAGAAAAAACAAAAAAGGCAACAACAACAACAACAACAACAACAACAGCAACAAAUGUUUCUUUGCCUCCAUUACGGGUAUUAGAUAUGUGUUGUGGUACAGGUUGUGUUGGUAUCGCCAUUGCCAAACAUGUAUCACAAGCUGAAAUUGUUGCCGUUGAUAUUCUAGAUGAGGCUGUGAAAGCUUCUGAGGAGAAUGCAAAAAUAAAUGGUAUUGACUCAAGUCGAUAUAAGGUCAUUAAAAGCGAUAUGUUUAAGACUUUUUUGGAACCUGAUAGUGUUCUCUAUAAUAGUGACAAUGGUGAAGAAAAGUGCAAAGCAGAAAAAGGGGAAGUCAAUAAAACCCAAAAAAAACCAAUCUUGUCUAAAUCUUAUUUGGGUUCAUUUGAUAUUAUUGUUUCAAAUCCACCUUAUGUAUUACCAGAACAAUACGUGGACCUUCCACCGGGAAUUAAAUUGUGGGAAUCCAAGAUUGCUCUUGUGGGGGAUCCACAACGAGAGCAGCAGCAAUAUCUUUACUUUCAGGAACUCUGCGAACUUGGCGCGGCUGCCCUGAAAGCCAAAAGAAGGCGUCCUGCUGCUUUCGCCGAAGUGCCGAACUUCGUAAUGGAGGUGGGAUUACAGGCGGAGUGUGUGGCUUCGCUGAUGGAGCGCAGUGGACUGUGGGAGGAUGUGCAGCUGCACUUGGACUAUGCGCAGCAGCCACGAUGGAUCUCCGCCCGCUCUAUCCACUGA